AUGGCCAUGGAAGAUGCCGAGUCUUCGAACCCGACGCAACUGAAUACCAAUAUCCCGACCGCAAUGGACAGCGCAGAUCUCUCUAGCUCAGAAGACCAUGUUGUUCACGCCCUUUGCGCAUCCCACUCCGGCUACCUUGCGGGAAUACCGUGUGUCGUGAGUGUUUACCCCCCCGCGCGCCCACGGACGGGUAUCACCUACCCCGUGGCGGAGGGCAGAGACCAGGAGUUCACCUGUCCAUGGGAAGGAAGUGAGGGUUGUUCCGGGGUUCAUUGCGUUGGGGAUUGUGGCACUGAUGUUCUGCUUGGAAAGCUGGUUACGAUUUUUGGAGAAUUACUGGCGGGCGCGGACACAGACAAUAUGCCUCAUUCUGACGAUGGUAACGUUGUUCGAUGGAAAACAGACGAAGAAGGCUGUCAGUCGCAAAGCGCACAAUUGGAGCGAAUUGGCUGGCUCGAGGGCCUCUACAGAUUGGCAUCGGCAGGCCGUUUCCCCCACAAUGCCGAAGAAGUCAUUUAUGAAGGCUCCAACGCCCCAACUGAGCAAAUAGAACAGCAUGAUGUUGUUCAAAUUCAGUCAUUAUGGGAUAGUCUUCGCGCCGAGCUGGAUUGUCAAGUCUGCUAUGCACUCCUUCUGGAUCCGAUGACCACACCUUGCGGCCACACCUUCUGCCGAAAAUGUGUUGCUCGAGUUUUAGAUCACACUGAUCUUUGCCCUAUUUGUCGCCGCAAGCUAGGCAUGCCGACUACCCUACAAGCGGAGCCCAUAAACAAGACCGUGGGGCGGUUGAUUGACUACUUUUUCCCCGAACAGAACGCAGCCAGAAGGGAUGCUGUCGCCCAGGAUGAGACAAGCCCAGAUAAUGAGAAAAGGCUACCACUUUUCGUGUGUACGCUCUCUUUUCCGACGAUGCCAACUUUUCUUCACAUCUUUGAGCCCCGAUAUCGGCUCAUGAUACGCCGGGCCGUCGAAAGCGGGGAUGGCAAAUUCGGCAUGGUGAUGUAUAACCGGCGCGGCCCCUUACAACUAGGUCAGGACGACGAUUCAACUUUCAUGAAACACGGAACCCUCUUAAUGAUAGAGCGGUAUGAGCUUCUUCCCGAUGGCCGGAGUCUCGUUGUGGCGACUGGCGUGUCGCGGUUCAAAAUUAUCGACUCGGCAAUGCUAGAUGGGUACCACGUUGCCAAAACAGAACGCGUGGAUGAUAUAUCUCUGGCAGAGGAGGAGCGGCUUGAGUCCCUGGAGACCUCUAUUAGCCCGGAAAAUGUGUUGUCAGAAGGUGAUCCGUCUGACCCUCCAUUGGACUCGAUGUCAACUCAGCAACUCCUCCUCUCCGCGAGAGAAUUCAUAAACAACCAGCGUCAAUCCGGUGCUCCCUGGUUGCACCCGCGUGUCAUGCUCGCGUACGGGCCGAUUCCUGUAGACGCAGACCGCUUUCCUUGGUGGUUUGCAAGCAUCUUGCCCAUCUCCGAAGACGAAAAAUACCCCAUACUCGCUUCGACAAGUGUUCGAGAGAGGUUGAAGAUCUCGGCCAGAUGGGCCAGGCAACUCGAGGCUCGAGACUGGUAG